GGCCGCAACCUCGCGUGUCGCAGAUGCACGUCGGCCUCUUCAGCGUCUAAGUGCCAGAAGCUCGGGCCGCACUGCUACUGAUUGUCUGUGGGGAGGAGGCGCCGAGGUGGCCGGCGCUGUCCCAGGCAGGGCUGCACCUGAGCUGCAGCCGGAGCAGGAAAAGAAGGCGACGGGUUUGCGCACGGCAGCCGUGCGCCCUUGGACCCUUCACGCGCGUGGGACGCACUUGGAACCCUGCGCCGGGUGCUCCCCGCCGCCGGCGACUGGCGGGGUCGAGAAGGGAAAAUGUUGGAGAAGGAGGGCGCUCGCGUGUUCGCCUUGCCAGAACCAGGGGCUGUAGCCCCGGGGCGGGGAAUGGGGCGGGGCUGGGAAAGUUGAGUUUUGGUCGCGGAGGGCUGGGCCCCGCGCGGGAGCGCCCGCCACCGGGGACCGUAAAAGGCUGCAGCGGGCUGGGUAGGUGUGGCUCUGCCUGCGUGACCCGAGCCCCCGUCUCGGUCGCCGUCGUCUCCCGCAGCUGCGGCCUCUCAGUCAUGGGCGCCGUCUGGUCCGCCCUGCUGGUCGGAGGGGGUCUGGCCGGAGCGCUUUUCGUUUGGCUGCUGCGGGACACGGGAAAGGAGGGGGAUGCGGAGCAGGGGAAGGACGCCUCUUCAGGGGAGGCUGCGGCUCCGGGAGGCGAUCAGGGUGGUGGCGGCGGACUGAGCCCUGGACCUUCUAGGCGGGAGCUGGUCACCAAACCAGAGCAUCUUCAAGAAAGCAAUGGAUGUUUGGUUUCUACGACUAAAGGCCCUGGUGACCUGCAGGAAGCAGCAUGGAGACUGCAGAGUCCUUCUGGAGAAGGCAGUAACCAUGACAAUUCAAGAGCACAUGUUCCCUCUGGACAAUUUCCAGACACACAAUCUCUAGCUACCUCUGAGACUGGUAACUCUAGAAGUUACUCUGACGUUUCAGGAAACGAAAGCCUUGGAUCUCCUAUAGGAGAAUGGGGAUUCCAAAAAGGCCAAGAGAAAACUGCUAAAACAGCUCCAUGUCUGGCAGAGAAGUUGCCUUCUAGCAACCUGCUCCUGGACAGAGCACAAGAAGGAGUGAGUCUCGCACAGUUGGACAGUCGGGCCCGGGCUGACCACGUGGACUGGGAGAUGGUAUCCCGGCACGCAUCCUGGGGCGAUGUUGGUUUGGGUGGCAGUCUUGAGUCUCCAGUGUUAAGCUCUAAGCAGGGAAAGGACUAUGACAGAAGCACUCUUGUGGAGGCAAGAGGUCAGGAAGUGGAUGUGAAACCAAAAAGGGUAGGAGCAGUGUCUUCAGAGGCUCAUCAGGUUAGUGUCAGCUUCCAGGUCCAUUAUAUCACACGCGCUGGUGUGCAAUGCCUUGCAGUAACUGGAGACCAUGAGAGUCUUGGGAGAUGGAACACUUACAUCCCACUCCAGUGUAGCAAGGACGGGCUCUGGUCUCGUUCUGUGCCCCUGCCAGCAGACACAGUGGUGGAAUGGAAGUUCGUGGUAGUAGAGAAUGGGGAAGUUACCCGUUGGGAAGAAUGCAGCAAUAGAUCCUUAGAGACUGGCCAUGAGGAUAAAGUGGUUCACAAGUGGUGGGGGAUUCACUGAUUCAGUUUGCAAAGUAGCGAAGAGGCUAUAGAACAUGGAAGAGGCUAAGGUUGUGGAGCACCCUGGAUAAUUUAAAAUAAAGGAAGUGAAACUUCCAGUCUAGCCAUCAGAGUUGUUUCAGAUUUGCUAGUGGCUUUUGUCUAAUGUGUAGAUGAUGCUUCCAGUGAGCAUGGACUUUUUUCCUGUGGCACUGAUGGAUGGAUUUAUGCUGACCCAUCAUUACUUUAGGGCUUGGUGGUCUUGAGGAGGGCUUGGCUAAACUGCAGAUGUGCACUGGUCACGGAGCAGAGAAACUAACCAGCUGCAGAGGGUUCAGGCUUGAGCCUUGGGUGAUUCUUGAAGCAGGGGAGUAAAACACACCUUACUCAAAAGGAGAUUUUGUACUGGUACAGCUAGAGAAAUGCUCUCUUUAAUCAUACACACUUUAUAUUUAAAAAUCGUUAACAUCGUAUGGAACUGUGAUUAGAAAAUAUCUGGUCACUAGAUGUGAUUAGCCAGGAUAUAAGGUAAUGCAUUAAGACUUCCCAAUGUUUUUUGCUUGAUUUUACUUGCCAUGUAUGGUUUGAGGGUAGCAAGUAUGUUUUUGUCUUAAUGAUCAACGGCUGGUGUACAAACAAGGGGCCUAAUCAGAGCCUGUUAGCAGGAGCAGCCCAAGAGGAAAGAACAGGAAGGGGGAUAGGGUAUAGGCUGAGCAAGGUGACCUCUUAGAGAGCUGGGAGCUACAGGCCCCGCCGGACUGCAGGGUGGGACACGCCCGUCGUUUCCUCACGGGCCUCCUGCAGGACCAUCUCUCCCCACGGCCCCUCCUCUCACAGCAGCUCUGGGCUGACAGAUGGACUGCCCCAUAGCAAUCAUUUCACCCUCUUCCCUCUCCCUUCAUGCUAGUAGGUCACAAAAUUAUAACAGGAGAGUGAUACGGAAGUACAUCUUUGCUCUGGGAAGAAAUAAACAUUUAAACUUUGCCAUUAUAACUGAAACAAAUAAUAAAACCUGAGUUUUAACAUCUUUAUCAAA